CCAAUUCACAAUGGGGAGUGGGGAGGAUAUAUUACUCCGUAUAUAUAUACCCGUGAGGAGCAGCUCCCAUUUCACCUCAAUAGAUAGAUUAGGUAGGUAGGUAGGUAGAGAUAGAUAGGGAUCGAGAUGGUGAAUCCCAUUCCUGCGGGGGUUCGGGAGGCAUGGGAGGAAUGGAAGAUAAAAGGCUCCAUUCUCGCGAGUCUGUACAUACAAACAGUGCUCGUUCUUCUCGCUCCCUUCCGGAAGAGAACGGGUAACAGGCUGGUCGUCGCCCUCGUCUGGUCUUUCUACCUCCUCGCAGAUGGGGUCGCCCUCUUCGCCCUGGGCCAGAUUUUCAACGUCAACGAAGAUGCCGGCAGCGGCGGCUCCUGUAACUGCUCGUCGGCGCCGCCACCCGGAGGCAACAAUAAUAACAAGAGGAGGAAUGAGGCGGCCGGGGACUUGGCGGUAUUGUGGAGCACUUUCCUUCUGGUGCAUCUUGGUGGCCCCGACACCAUCACCGCUUUCUCCAUUGCUGACACCCAGCUCUGGCUUCGCCAUUUCCUUCAAUUGCUCGUCCAGGCUGCGGCUACUUUCUAUCUCAUCUUACUUACACUCCCCUCCAACAAGCUGCUUGGGCCGACGUUGUUGUUGUUGUUUGUGGGGAUAGUGAAGUACUCCGAGAGAUGUGUGUCCCUAUGCUUGGCAUGCCGGCGCGAGAUUGGUAAAUGGGUGUUGUCCUCCACUGAGUUUGAAAAACUGGUUUUGUUUGAUAUGGUUUCGGCAACAAGAAUAUUUGGUGUUAUGCUGCACUCCGUUAGAUUGGUUAAUGAGCAUACCAUUGUUUCUGAAGCUCUCAAGUUCAGGCGAGGAUCCGAUAAUAAAGACCUGGAGAUCUAUAGAGGAGCAACUGAUGCGUUGAGGAUAAUAGAGGUUGUGAUGAAUAUGAUAUACGAGAACGUGUUCUCAAAGGCACUGGUCUUGCAUUGUGGUGGCUGGGGUUGCACUUUCCGCUUUCUCACCUUCUCCUCCACCCUGGCAGCUCUCUCUAUUUUCUGCUUCGAAGAACAUCAUUAUUAUGACAACAACGGCCGCCCCGGAAGUAAUGUUGGAGUCACUUAUGUUUUGUUUGGCGGUGCCAUUGUCCUCGAGUUGUAUUCUAUUCUUAUGAUCAUCUUUUCAGACUGGACGUUCACUCAUUUCCCUCCCUACUUCGUCCCCUACUGCUGCUCUUACAGCAACAACAAGUAUAUUAGAUGUGUUCAGAGAUGUUGUGUUUCAAUGUUCCUCCCCGCUUUCCGCAAACUCGCCAUUCUCAAAAUGACCAAGUGGGAUGAUAACGACCGCGGCCGCACAUGUGGACCCUAUGUUUUCCGAAGGUGGUCAGGACAUGUCUCGAGUUACAACUUAACAAGGAUUUCAUCCGCCCAAGAAGCGACCACCACACCGACAAAUACUAGUAAUUUAAUUAAUGCUGUUGCAAAGGUUAGGGCCACGACAAUCAAACCCUUUGCACUUGUCAAGGACAAAUUCUUCAAGGCCGAGUACUACGAGUGGAAGUACGUCUCCCAUGAGCCGCUAACCUUUCCCCUCUGGCAAUUCAUUUUCGAUCAUCUGUGCGCGAAAAUUAAGCAGCAGCCCAAACCACCCUACUUCAAACUCCUUUCGGGAGGAAUUUUGGCUCUAAAGCCUCAGAAAACGACUCGUAGUAAUAAUAAUAACCACGAUGUGAGGGGCUUGAUUGAUGAUCCGUUUAUAAACCUCCUGAUUAAAGAUUUCAACUACGGAAGGAACCUUUUGAUUUGGAGCAUAGCGACCGACCUGUUAUACAACAAUGCAUACGAUGAUAAUGAUGUCACCAUCAGCAGCAGCACCAACAACAACAACACCAACAACAACAACAAUAGUGGGAAUAAAAGUAAGGCAAAGUAUUGCAGCAAGAUAUUGUCAGAUUACAUGUUGUAUCUCUUGGUAGUGAGACAACUGUGGCCUCUGGGGGACUUCAAGCGCCAGUUCAUGGAAUUAUGUGGAGAUUAUCAUGAAAGAAAACGUAGGGUAAAAGAUGACAUACUACGACCAGACGUCGUAGACCUUGAUGGUGCAUCCACAAUGCUGUUUGAGUGUGGGGAUAAGCUUGCCAGGAUACUGAAGAAAUGGGCUGGUGAGAGAAUGGGAGGCGGCGGCGGCGGAGAGGAAGCGAUGUGGGAGGUGGUGGGCAGCGUGUGGGUGGAGAAACUGUGGCUGGGAGCAAGGAAAUGCAGCGCAAGUACUCAUAUUGAGCUCCUCUCUAGGGGUGGUGAGCUCCUCACUCUCGUCUGGCUCUUAUCUACCAAGAUAGAUAAAGAUUGCAGCUGGAGUACGUCUAAUUGAUGUGUAAUUUGGUCUGCGUGUGGAUGCCCCACUCCGAACCAUUAAUUAAAUAAUUGUCGCAUGAACUAACUUCUAAUGUAUGAAUUCUACUACUCCGCAAUAUGAACUUAGUGGCACCAAUGUCACUCCCUUUCUCUUACUUAUCUCAUUAGUUAGAGCACUCGUAAUGGUCAUGAAGCCUCGGGGCUUCAAACCGA